CGAGUCGCGAGGUGCUUCACCAACCAACGGCCUGCGCAAAACCGCCUGCCCCAAUGCUGGACAGAUAUCUGCUCAACCCGAUCCAGAUCCGAUAACGCCCUCGGUAUUGCUCCUUCCCACACGCCCACGAACCUCGAUCGUAAAGGAGCUUCGGGCGCACUGCUCUCUUGCUCCCACGACUCGGCGACAUGGCCGAAAAGCUGGACGACGAGCAAGUGGCCAACGUGCUCGCCCUCAUCCGCAAGGACAUCGCCAUCGACUCCAAAGUUCAGCUGGUGGCGUCGAUCAAGUCCAGCAUCAAGCAGCACAAUGUGCCCGACACCUGCGUCGUUCCCCUGUUUGAGGCCCUGCGCCUGGCCACCACAGCGCAGCAUGCCAUCCUCGUCAAUGCCGGCUUCACUGCGCUAAACCACCUCCUGACGCGCCUCUCCCGCCAGGAGCCUAAGCACCUGGCGAAGGAGGCCUUGCGCACUCUGCCCGUCAUCGUGGACAAGCUGGGCGACCCCAAGGAAAAGUUGCGGGCCAUUGCUAGCCAGGCGCUUGUCACCAUGUUCAAGGCCGCCCCUGCCGAAGUCGAGCGAAUCGUCCGCAACGUGGCCAUGGUGGGUAAGAACCCCAGGGCCAAGGAGGCGGGGAUGCACUGGUUGCUGCAGAUGCACCAAGAGAACGGUCUGCCGUUCCGCGCCUAUGUCCCCGUUUUGAUGGACCUGCUGGAGGACGCCGACGGCAUGGUGCGUGACGUCGCAAAGACCACCGUCAUAGAGCUCUUCCGCAAUGCACCCAACGCCGCCAAGUCGGAUUUAAAGAAGCAGCUCAAGAACUUCAAGGUCCGCCCCGCGAUCGAGCAGGCCAUUGUCAAAGAGCUCGUCCCCACUGGCCCCCCGUCCGCAGCCUCCGAUCUCGAGCCUCCCCGCCCCGAGUCGUCGUGGUCGGUCCGCCAGAACCUCGCUGCAAGCGUUUCUUCGCUUCCGUCCGAGAGGCCUGUGACGCCUGGCCUCAUCGAUGGCAAGCCCGAACCGGUCGACCCGACGUAUGUCAAUACCCAGCGGGAGUUGGAUGACAUCAUCAGGGAAAUGGCCUUCCAUUUUGAGGGCAGGGAGACGGAGCAGAACUGGCUGAAGCGAGAAGAGAGCGUCAACAAGCUCCGUCGCUUGAUGGCCGGCAACGCCGUCUCCGACUACCACGAGCCCUUCCUUGGCCACGUGCGCGCGCAGCUGGACGGCAUCCUCAAGGCCGUCACUUCGCUCAGAACUAGUCUUUCAAAGGAGGGCUGCAGCUUCAUCCAGGAACUGGCCAUCGCAUAUGGUCCUGGCAUGGAUCCCAUGGUCGAGAUCCUGAUGCAGACCUUCAUCAAACUCUGCGCCGCCACCAAGAAAAUGAGCUCGCAACUCGCAAAUGUGACAGUGGACACGAUUAUUGGCAAGGUUACUUACAGCACCAGGAUCAUGCAGCAUGUCUGGUUCGCCUGCCAGGAUAAGAACGUCCAGCCGAGAAGCUACGCGGCCGGCUGGCUAAAGACUUUGUUCCACAAGGAGGCUCACCACAAGUCACACGUCGAGCACACCGGAGGCUUGGACCUGAUAGAAAAGUGUAUCAAGAAGGGGCUUGCCGACCCUAAUCCGGGGGUCCGUGAAAGCAUGAGAUCCACCUACUGGGUCUUUUCGACGAUAUGGCCGGCCCGAGCCGAAACCAUCAUGGGCGCCCUUGAUGCAACCGCCCAGAAGCUGUUGCAAAAGAGCGCCGGCAAUUCGGGCGCCUCGCCCAAGGAGGCCGAGGGUCGGGCUAGGCCAGGCAUGGGUCUGUCUAGGAGCACCAUGACCGCGUCUAAGUCAUCCCUGAGAGAGGCAAUGCUUGCCCAGAAGAAAGCAAUGGCAUCCAAGACGUCUAGGCCAGGAAGCGCCAUGGCGCACUUUUCACCCGUGCGCCCGGCGUCGUCGGCGUCGUCGGCCGCCACCGCCGCUGCUGCCAACGGCGCAUCCAAGCCGCCCAUUCGGCAACGGCCGGAGCAGACAGCUGCUACCACUGGGCCCAACAGUCUGUUGGGCGCCCCUGUGCGCCCGCGGAAGAGACCCGAGAUGGCCCCGAGGCCCGCAACCGCUGGGCCCUAUUCGGUGCGCACACACGACGGGCCGUCUGCCGAGCAUACCAGCCCGUCCGAGAAGAGCCGGCAAAACGCUGUUACGCCCAAAUCUCUCGCGGGAUCGCCUAGGAGAACGGUCACGAGGACAAAGCCAGGACAUGCUGCGACGGCUAGUGAACCGAAUGUUCCGUCCCCAUCGAAGCUGGGCGUAGCAAGUAAGGCGGCCGCGCCCUCUCCCCGAGCAAGUCUACCGAAGCCGAUCCAGACGAAACGCACUCCUGUCAAACCUAAAGCCUCAGCGCCGGCCAAGAGCCAGGCGUCGAGUAGCCCGUGCAUGCCCGACGAGGGUCUUGGUAUGGAGUUUUCGAAUCCUGACGAGAUCAAGGCGACUACCCCUACACCCAAGAUAGUGGAACCUGUCAUGGAACCGGCUGUGGAACCAGCGACGGAGCCAACGGUUGAGCCGGGCAGGGAAACAAUCCCGGGCCCGGUCGUUGUGAUGCCCGAGGAAGAGCCGGUGGCAAGGCCAGUCACACCGGCCAACAAUGGGCCGAAGCCGCUGGAAGUCUACGAAGAUCCCUUUACCGCAAGCCAAACUACUCCCAAGCCCGUAAUGACACACCCUGUCCUUGAGGACAGGCCCGUCAACGCGGAUGCUGGGAAUCUCUCUCGCUCUCUGGACGGGAGUGGAGCUGGCGACCAUGCCAACGGCGACAUGCCCGACAAAUCCAAGCAGCACGCUCGGCUGCUCGAAAGCGGGAUCAACAAAGUGAAUGCUCAAUCUCUGGAUGUUCAUGGGUUCCGCAAACUGCAGGCGGUGCUCCGCGACCCCAAGAUGUCACUUUCAGACGACAAGUUCGAAAAGCUAUUGACAGGGUUGUUCGAGUACCUCCAAUCCCCUCUAAGUAACCUGGCCCCCGAGAAAGUGCCAGAUGUGAAGGCGCAAAUCCUUGCUACCAUCAAGCUACUUCUCAAGAAGUCGAGCCGGAACUUUGGGCCGCACGUGUCUCGGGGUCUCGAGUCAAUCCUAGAGGCAAGGCGCGCGUAUGAAUCCCGUACGCACAUAGUCUCUGGGAUGGAGCUGCUGGCGGACGAGCUCGUCAUGCUCGGGCACGCGGCGGAGAUCAUCGUGGUGCUGACGCGGGCGCUCCAUGAGACGGAGAUGGACGCGCGCGGGUGCCGGUCCCUUAGCAUGGGCCUGCACGUUCUGAAGCAGACGGUGGACUCGCGGCCCGACUUCCAGCCCAGCGACGGCGAGCUAGCGGCGCUCGGCGACCUCGCCGCCCGGUGUCUCAACAGCCACGAGUCCGGGGUACGCAUGGACGCCGUACAGCUCUGCGUGGCGCUCCACGCCCGUGUCGGUGACGCACCCUUCUGGGAUGCCCUUCGGGGCGUCAAGGACGAUCCCAAGAGCCUCAUUACAUACUACAUUGUCAAGCGACAGCGCGAACACGGCGGCGUGGCCGGGUCCACCCCGCCCGCCGCGUCUGCCGCCUCGGUUACGGCUUGCUGAAACCAUCCGGCCAUAUUACCCGGCCGGGCCCUCCCGCCUCAUCUCUCUUCCUGUCCCUUUUCUGGUGCUUUGUUUUGUUUGCGCGUGUUGCCUUAUUUAUUCCCUACGCCGUCAUCUCGUUUCAGCUACCUCAUUUUUUUCUAAUUUAAUAUCAGAGCGGGUUGCAGCCCCAAAAUAGAACGCAUAUUUCGUCGCGUUGAGCCCGGCUGGGUCUUUGCCCGACGGAAGGACCCCCCCCCCCCCC